UCAACGGAAAGAGCCGAAGAUGUCGGCUCGGUUAUGUGAUCAGCUGUGUCCAAUCACAGCUGAUCACAUCCCCAGCAGUGCCACCUGCCAGUGCCCAUCAGUGACACAUCAAUGCCACAUAUCAGUGCCUACCAGUGCACAUCAAUGCCACAUAUCAGUGCCAAUCUGAGCUGCCUUUCAGUGUCACCUAUCAAUGCCAGUCAGUGCCACUUAUCAGUGCUGCCAAUAAGUGCCGCCUAUCAGUGCCAUUCCCAUCAGUUCCACCUAUCAGUGCCCAUCACUGCAGCCUAUCAGUGCCCAUCACUGCAGCCUCAUUAGCGCACAUUAGUGAAGGAGAAAAAAAUCACUUAUUUACAAAAUUUUAAAA